AUGGAACCAGAGAACCAUACCACAGUGACUGAGUUUAUCCUGCUGGGGUUGGCCACCAAUCCAGAGGUGAAACUUCUCCUGUUUGCAGUCUUCUUGGCUAUAUACACCACAACUAUGAUAGGCAACCUUUUGAUCGCAAGCCUCGUGGCUUCUGAACCUCUCCUCCACACUCCUAUGUACUUCCUGUUGGGAAAUCUCUCUUUCUUGGAUUUCUGCUACGCCACCAUCACUGCUCCCAAGAUGCUGGUUGGCUUCCUGUCAAGGACCAACACCAUCACAUAUGGAGGCUGUGUUUCCCAGAUCUUCUUCUUCCACUUCAUUGGAGGCAUCAAGAUCUUUCUCCUAACCAUCAUGGCCUAUGAUCGCUAUGUUGCCAUCUUCUACCCAUUGCGCUACAUGGCCAUCAUGAAUGGGACCACUUGUGGUGGGCUGGUAUGGGCCUCUUGGAUUGGUGGUUUUGUCCACUCCAUCGUGCAAGUGGCCAUUGUUGUCCAGUUGCCCUUUUGUGGCCCCAAUGUUUUGGAUAACUUCUACUGCGAUGUGCCCCAGGUGGUCAAACUGGCUUGCACAAACACUUUUGUGGUGGAGCUGCUCAUGGUCUCCAACAAUGGACUGGUGACCUUGAUGUGCUUUGUGGUGUUGCUGGUGUCAUACUCCAUCCUCCUGGCCAAGCUGAGAGCAGGUUCUGCCCCAGGCCGGAGCAAGGCUCUGUCUACCUGUGCUUCCCACAUCACCGUGGUGACCCUGAUUUUUGGGCCUUGCAUCUAUAUUUACACACGUCCCUUCCGCAGCUUCCCGAUGGACAAAGCCGUCGCUGUUCUCUACACUCUCAUCACGCCGGUCCUGAACCCUUUUAUUUACACUCUGAGGAACAAAGAUUUCAAAAGUGCCCUAGAAAAGCUCAAAGGAAAGAUGCCCAAAUUAACUCUCUGA